GAUCACAUCGUACACAUUCAACGGACGGUUAGGUUGAAAAUUUUUGAAAAAUAAAAUGAUCGGAUUAAAACGAUCAAUUUUGCAAAGGGUAGAGUUCUGCAAUGCUAAUAACAAUAAUGAGAAUAGUGAUACAAUAAAAUGUUUGGUGACGGAUCAGGCACCGGUGACGAAUAAAAAAGUCACGGACUUUAGUAUUCGGAAAAUUUUAAGUGAUGAACCUUCUGCUGUUCGUAUUUCGAAUAGUCCACAACUGUUUGCUAACGGCCAGUAUCCAAUAUUCAAUCCAAUAAACUAUGUGUCCGAAAGCAGUGCAGACAAUUGUUCAGAAUUUGCAAAGUGUUUGAUGUGCGACAAAAUGAUCCGCGUGGAAACAUUGAAAAUUCAUCUUCGUACGCAUAAUACGCGUCGGUACGAAUGUACCGAAUGUGGAAAAGGAUUUUCACAGCUACGUAACUAUAAGUACCACGUAUCGGUGCAUCGUGGAUCCAAAGAAUUCGCAGCGCACUGUCCGGAGUGUAAUAAAGUGUUCAAUGACAAGGGAUAUUUAAGCAGUCAUUUGAAAAUUCAUCGCAAUUUGAAGGAAUAUGGCUGUCCACACUGCUCUAAAUCGUUUAAUCAAAGAGUGGCAUUUAACAUGCAUGUCAGGAUACAUACUGGGGUGAAGCCACACAAAUGCCAAGAGUGCGGAAAACGAUUUUCAAGGAAAAUGUUGCUCAAACAGCAUCUUAGAACACAUAGCGGAGAGAAGCCUUAUCAGUGUUCGGUAUGUGGGAAGCAUUUUGCUGAUAGGAGUAACAUGACGCUACAUCAUCGACUUCAUUCCGGUGUAAAGCCAUUUUCGUGUCCAAUUUGCCCGAAGGCAUUCACCAAGAAGCAUCAUCUUAAAACUCAUUUAAAUUAUCACUGCGGCUAUAAACCUUAUAAGUGUCCUCAUCCAAAUUGCGAACAGUCGUUCACACAAUCGAGUAAUAUGAGAACACAUUCCAAGAAGUGUCAAUUUCGACCCAAUCUUUUUGAACCAAUUAACGAUUGCUCAAAUGUAAAUCAAUGUUAAAUUAUUAAGAAAAUGAAAUUAAA